AUGUCGUCGGACGUCGGCGGGGACGGUUGGGGGGGGCGGGAGUGGGACGACAUGGUGGAGCGAUGCGCGGCGGUCGUGGAUCGGCUGAGAACCAACAACGGGGACGAGGACGACGACGACCGCGGCGCCGCCGAGCUGACCCGAGCGCUGGAGGAGAUCGUCGCGCUCAUCGCGGACGACGAAGAGUACGUCCCCGCGCUCGGGGCCGCGCGCGGCCACGACCUGCUCGCCCGGCUGGUCACGCACCGCGUUCCGGAGGUGUCGUCCGCAGCCGCCGACGCGAUGGAGGCGUGCGCCAGGCACUGCCCUCCCGGCGCGUCCUUCCCCGGCGGCGACGUCGACGAACCGUCGCACGCGAUCAUGCGCGUCGGCACCCUCGCGGCACCCCUCACGCUCCGCAUGCGACACGUGCGCGAGGGUUACGGAGGCGGGGAGAGGCGAAGCAUACCCAACAUCGCGUGGGACAGCGGGCUCGUCCUCGCGCGUUGGAUCUCGCGGCACCCGGAGCUGGUCGUCGGUAAGUCCGUCCUGGAGAUCGGCGCGGGGCUGGGCGCGCCGUCGAUGGCCGCGGCGCGUUGGGGCGCAUCGAUGGUGGCGCUGACGGACGUGGAUCCGUUGGCAACGCGCAACGCGGCGUACAACGCGCGGAUGAACCUCGGGCGCGUCGCGUCUGCCAAGGUUAAAUGCGUCACUCACGAUUGGAACGCAUUGGAAUCCGACUCCGACUCCGAAUCGGACGAGACCAAUCACGGGACAAAUCGCGGGCGGGCGACGUGUUCGCUGGGACGGGCGCUGGAACGAUUCGGUGGGUUCCGGCGGUCGGACGAGGAGGGCGGCGGAGAUUGGGCGAACGGCGGCGCGGAUGAUGAGGUGGAAACAACCGACGAGGUCGAAACGUCUCGUCGGUUCGCGACGUUCGACGUCGUCCUCGGCGCGGACGUCGUUCACGAGCGCGGCAUGGCCCAGGGCGUGGCCCGGAUGCUGGGAAGGCACCUGGGCGGUUCGCCGGACGCGGUCGCGGUCAUCGUCAACCCCGCGCCCGCGCACCGGUCGGGCGCGGCUGAUCUUCCCGCGGCGUUGGAGAAAAACGGGCUGUCGUUCGUCUCGGCGCGGGUGACGUCGGCGAUGCUGAGGGUCGGGGUGAUGGAGGAGACGGAGGACGUGCGGCUGGAUAUGUUCCUGGUGCGCAGACGCGAGUGGGGCGCGCCGGAUGCGUCGGUCAUGGAGGAUGUCACCGACGAGUGGGUCAGGCACGCGUAG